UUUUGCUUUCACUACUGCCCAUGUUGAGCAUGUACGCAUGCGCUGUCCCAUAUCAGUUAUCGUAGCUUUGAACUGAAAGAGAGACAUUUAAACCGUGAGCUGUCUAGGAAGUCGACAUAGUGUUUAGGCACAGAGCCACUGUUAAAUCAAGGUGUGGGACACUGAACUAUGCAGUAUGUCUCCAAAAGGAACUCUAUUACCUAUUUUGUCUGUGAAAGAAGUCCCGCCUUGACCUCCGCCAAAGAGACAUGCCCACACAACUUUGCUGAAAUAUUUCCCACGGAAAUGAGCUUGAAGAUUUUCAGCGAACUGGACAUUGACAGCUUAUGUAGUGCAUUGUUGACUUGCAAACUGUGGCACCACAUCAUUGAAGACAGUGACCACCUCUGGAGGAAUCACUGCCUGACUGUGCAAGCUUUCUGUCAACAGGAGGUUGAUGGGGACAGACAGUAUGGACUGUCGUGGAAGGUCACCCUGGUGCGGAACUAUAGGAGAGGUUUUCUGAAGAGAGAAUGGUUAAGGGGACGAUACAGCAACAUUCAUUCAGCCGAUGAACUACUGGACAAGAACAUGUGCUCAUUGGAUGUCGAGACUUGGGGCGAGAUUCUGGAAGCAGAGCUGGAGAGAUAGAUGCAAUGCUAUAAAGAGAUAUGAGUGAACUCUUUAGAUUUCUUUUUUUUAUACUUAUGUCUUAAGCACUUGAUUUGUUUUAUACCUUAAUACAUUUUUUAUAUAGGAUUAUGGUUAAAUCACAGACUUGUAUAUAUUUUUUGUUAUGCAUUAAUACAGUGGGGAGAACAAGUAUUUGAUACACUGCCGAUUUUGCAGGUUUUCCUACUUGCAAAGCAUGUAGAGGUCUGUAAUUUUU